GGGCCAGCCGGGCGCGGGCAGGAAAGGAUGCGCUGCCCAGACCGGGCGGGGCGGCUCUCGCGGGCUCGCCAAGGCCCCCGCCCGCCGGGUGCCGCCCUUCCCGCGCCGUCGGGGGCGGACCCGGGCGGGGCUGCGGGAGCCGCGCUCGGCGGCGGGGGUGCAGUCCCGGAACGCGGGAUGCUGGGCGCGCAGCCUCGCCGUCCGCCUCGCCACUCGCCCGCCGCCCCGCGCCGCUGCGCUCGCGCGUUUCAGAGGUAAGAGGAGCCUUCCAGAGGCGACCCGCGGGCUCCCCUGCCGCGGGGUCCCCGGCGGCCCCGGGACCCUGCCGCCUCGCCCUCCCCGCCACCGAAAGGCACAGGUGGACGGUGGCGCGUCCCUCUCCCUUGGUGAUCAGCUCCCAGGACGCGCGUUGAAAAGUGUCUCCGCAUCUCGGAAUCCGGGACUUAACCUUGAACCCGGAGCUUCCUGAGCGCAGGUGUGGCCGAGGGACUGAGGCCGAAGGUAGACGGGUGUUGAGUCGCAUAGUUGGGAACCUUGAAGAACAGCGUCUGGGAUACUCAGCGUUUCAGAACAGGUGUUUUUGGAAAAAAAUCCACAAUUUGGAUGUGAGAAAGGACAUGAGGAGACCAAAGACCUGGGAUUUUGCUGAUCAGAAUGAAACAAACGUUGAAAGACUUUUCCAAUCUACUGUUGGUGGUGCUCUGUGACUAUGUUCUUGGAGAAGCUGAGUAUCUCCUGUUGGGGGAGCCGGGCCAUGUAGCGCUAAGCAACAGCACAGUGACUGUGGCUUUCCAGUAUUUCGACGGAACCAACGGGACGCUGAGGAAUGUCUCUGUCCUGCUGUUGGAGGCCAACACCAAUCAGACUCUUACCACCAAAUACCUCCUGACCAACCAGUCCCAGGGGACGCUCGAGUUUGAGUGCUUCUACUUCCGGGAGGCUGGCGACUACUGGUUCACGAUGUCUCCAGAGGCGACAAACAGCAGCGCUCCGGCCCCUCGCUGGGAGAGGAGCGCCUUUCUGAAGGUGGAAUGGCCCGACUUCCACGUCCACCUCAACAGGACCUCCAGGGCUGCAGAAGGCACCUUUCAGGUGGGCCUGUUCACCAGUCAGCCGCUGUGCCCGUUCCCUGUGGACAAGCCCGACAUCGUGGUGGAUGUUAUCUUCACCAACAGCCUUCCCGAGGCCAGCACGAGCCAGGGCCAGCCCCUGGAGAUACGAGCCAGCAAGAGGGCAGAGCUCUCGCAAGGCCAGUGGCUGGAGUUUGGCUGCGCACCUGUGGGGCCGGAAGCCUAUGUCACCGUGGUGCUGAAGCUGCUUGGCCGAGACUCGGUCAUUAGCUCCACAGGCCCCAUUGACCUGGCCCAGAAAUUUGGAUACAAACUGGUGAUGGCGCCAGAACUCACGUGUGAGUCCAGGGUGGAGGUGAUGGUGCUGCCCCCGCCAUGCAUCUUCGUCCAGGGGGUCGUCGCCGUCUACAAGGAAGCCCCCAGACGCCCUGGGGAAGGGACCCCUCGCCUGGCUGAAAACAGCCUGAGCCUGGGAGAGAGGAGAACAGUAUUCAACUGCACUUUGUUUGAUGUGGGGAGGCACAAAUACUGCUUUGACUUUGGCGUUUCAAGCAGAAGCCAGUUUUCUGCAAAGGAGAAGGAGUGCAUGCUAAUUCAGAGAACUAUAGAAACUUGGGGACUGUGGCAGCCGUGGAGCCAGUGUAGCGCCUCGUGUGGGGACGGUGUCAGAGAGCGUCGCCGCCUGUGCCUGAGCUCCUUCCCCUCCCGCCCUGGCUGCCCCGGAGUGUCCUCGGAGGCCUCCCCGUGUUCCCUGGAGGACUGCGCUGCUUUCCAGACAUCCAGCCCGUCUCCUCUCCAGCCCCAGGGUCCGGCGAAGUCCAACAACAUCGUCACGGUCACGGGCAUAUCCCUGUGCCUGUUCAUCAUUGUGGCCACCGUGCUCAUCACGCUGUGGCGGAAGCUGGGCCGCUCCCCCACGUGCAGCACCCCCGCCCGGCCCAACUCCCUCCACGGUCCCGGCUGCCGGAAGAACUCGGACGAGGAGAACAUCUGCGAGCUGGGCGAGCCGCGCGGCAGCUUCUCGGACGCGGGGGACGGGCCGGCGGGGAGCCCCGGGAGCCCCGGGGACCUGGGCAUCCCGCUGACCUACCGGCGGAGCGCGCCGGCGGCCCCGGACGAGGACGCCUCCGGCAGCGAGAGCUUCCAGUCCACCGCCCAGAAGAUCAUCCCGCCCCUGUUCAGCUACCGCCUGGCCCAGCAGCAGCUGAAGGAGAUGAAGAAGAAAGGCCUGACGGAGACCACCAAGGUGUACCACGUGUCCCAGAGUCCCCUGACGGACACCGCCAUCGACGCCGCCACCGCCGCCGCUGCCGCCGCCCCCCGGGACCCGGAGGUCCCUGAGGACGCCGCGGCCGCCAAGUUCCGGAUCAAGGCCCCGUUCCUGGAGCAGCCGCCCGCGCCGGGCGCCGGGGACCGGCCGCCCUCCCGGCUGGACCUCCCGCUUGUGCAGGCCGCCGUCAGCCCCAGCCAGACCGUUAUCCGCAAGUCCCAGGCGAGGCACGCGGGCGGCAGGGGGGCGCCGCCGGACAGGGGCCACCCCCGGGGAUCCCACUUCCGGAGAACAGCGAGUUUCCACGAAGCCAAGCAGGCCCGGCCCUUCCGGGAGCGCAGCCUGUCCGCCUUGACCCCCCGGCAGGCCCCCGCCUACGCCUCCAGGACCCGGACCUGGGAUCAGGCGGAAGACCGAGUCCGGCCGCAGAGUCGAGGCGCUGCCCCGUUUCCAGAGAAACCCGACCAUUGCCAAGGGGCAGGUGGGACCAGCGGUCUGCUGAGCCCUCUGCCCAAACCCCACGCCUCGGGGCAGCCGACCAGGAAACCAGACCUGGGGGAUCGCCAGGUAGGAUUCGUGGCAGGAGGUGAGAGAACAGAGCCCCACCGGGCUCGGAGGGGACCAUCCCCCAGUCACAGAAGUGUCUCAAGGAAGCAGCCAUCCCCGGCCCCCAAAGAGAGCUACCAGAGGGUCAGCCCCCUGAGCCCUUCCCAGAGUAGAAAAGACAAGUGUCAGAGCUUUCCCGCCCACCCCGAGUUCGCCUUCUAUGACAAUACGUCAUUUGGCCUCACUGAGUCCGAGCAGAGGAUGCUGGACCUGCCAGGAUAUUUUGGGUCAAAUGAAGAGGAUGAAACCACAAGCACGCUGAGUGUGGAGAAGCUGGUCAUCUAGAGACAGCUCAGCCCGAGACUUCACACAACUGGGGUCCUUUGGCCAGCUCCGAGUAUCAGCCGCUUCCACUAAUCCGUGGACUGUGAGUGUAACUGUACAGCAGGACAGAAUGAGUGGUAACUCACUUGAGUGUGGGGUGUGGUUUUAUUCAUAAGGAAGAAAUUAUUUAUCUUGAACUUUUCCCUGUGUUAUCCCGUUUCUAUUGGCUUAUCUCUAAUAACUAUGAUAAUAAAAUUUAAACAAGAGUAGAAAAGGGCUUGGACUCAUGAAUAUGAAAAAAUGACAAGCUGCAACUUGUGAGUGUGAAAUGCUGUGAACUCUUCAUUGGUGGUUUCCAACUUGAAACAGAUCUGAGAGUUUCAGCUGUAAGAAGGGCUGGAACAAGGUAAACUUGCCAAUGUAACCCUGAAUUGUAAUUUGGCAAAUUAUAAAGACUUAAGAAUUUGACUCCUGCUUGGGCAGUAGGAACAGGUUUCACAUUUGGCUGAUUAAAUCAUUUAUGGCUCUUCCUAGGCUACCUAGAAAUGGUGGUAUCACAAGAUAUUCUAGAAGAACUUUCAGGCCAGAGUUGGAUGAGAGCUUAGUGGUUUUUAUGCAAGAAAGAGUCCUGGGGACUUGA